GUCAAUUACAACCAAAAUGAGUACUAUUUUAAAUAUAUCUUUUUUUUUCUUCAAAUCUUUUCAGUUAGCAAAACACUUUUUUUCUCACAAAAACUUUGAAAAUUAUGGAAUCGGAAGCUUCAUCGUUCGAGUCUAGUGAAACUUUAGCAGCUCUUGUGGCGUCAACGCCGUUGCUGGAGGAGUCAUGGAAGGUUUGUGGCGUCGCCGAUGCAUCGGUGGGUUGCAAUUUCGCCGUCUAUCGAGUUGGUGAGACAGCCUAUGUGGGAUUCUCCGGCGUGAAAUUGGGCGCCGGAGUGGACCAAAGUUGCCGGAAUUUAGUGCCGCUUCCGGAUGAACUUUUCUCUUCGUUAUGCGUGGAUGGACCGGAUCCGGCAAUGGUCCAUGCCGGAUUAUUGCAUCUUUUUCAAUCAGUUUACAUAGACAAUUUAUUCCGUGAUCAGGUUAGUAAUAUUUUCAUGAGCAUUUAACAAAGAAUUUUCUUGUGCUCUUAAAAUUGAAUUUUCAAUUUAUUCACUCUCAGUCGUUGCUUAUUUUUUUUAUUAAUUUUGACGAAAACA